AUGCCUGUGAUCUCUCCCACUGCGACAGUCCUCGUAACUGGUGCGAACGGGUACAUUGGCCAUUGGGUGGUACGCACGCUGCUCGAGCGCGGAUACUCCGUGCGCGGCGCGGUGCGAUCGAAAGCCAAGGCCCAGGAGCUGUCCGAUUUCGUAUACCGGAUCAUACCUCAGGCGAAGGAGCGUUUCAGCGCUGUAGUUGUCCCGGACAUCGCAGAGGACAGCGCCUUCGAAGAGGCGGUUAAGGGUGUGGAAGGCAUCGUCCAUACGGCUUCGCCACUGACCGCUCCCACACGGGUUGGAGACCCGCAGGCGUACAUCCGGCCCGCGGUAGAGGGUACUCUCAACAUCCUGAAGAGCGCAUCGAGCAUCGACAAUAGAUCCGACGUAAAGCGUGUGGUCGUCACCUCGUCAAUUUACGCCGUCGUUGGCAUCACCGCAUUACCUGGGACGUACACGGAAGAGGACUGGAACGACACCGCGGUAAAGAUCGUGGAGGAACAGGGGGGUGAGGCUAGGUCUAUCUUCAUGUACGAAGCUAGCAAGACGCUGGCCGAGCGUGCCGCCUGGGACUUUAUGGAGACACACAAGAGCGAGGUGUCCUUCGAUUUGUGCACCCUCCUGCCGGCCUGGGUCUUUGGUCCUUUGGCGGGCGAACACGUCUCAGAACCCCCCGCGCUGUCAAAAACGCCCCUCCACAUGUGGCGCCAGCUCGCUGAGUUCCCGCGGCCGGCCGCGGAAACGCUACCGUGGCACAACUACGUGGACGUCCGCGACGUCGCGGACUUGCACGUACGCGCGCUCGAGGUGGCCGCCGCUGGCGGGGAGCGGGUCAUCUGCAGCUCUGAUGUCGCGAUGUGGGAGGAAUGGCUCGCCAACGUCGACCUUCCGGGGCGUGAUAAAUUGCCGAGCAAGAAACUGCCAUUCCCGCCUCACGCGUAUCUGGACAACGAUAAGGCAAUCAGUAUCUUUGGUAAGGACUUCAAGAAGAUACCGGAGAUCGCGAGAGAUGUUGUGGAGGAUUACAAGUCGCGAGGCUGGUUGAAGUAUGUCAAGAGUUAG